GCAUAGUAUAUACAGAGAUAAGAGAAGACUUCGAGAAAUUAAGAAUGUAACAAAACCCCUGAAUGUUGCUAGUGGAAAUGAAUUUCUAGUGGCAACAAAUUAAAAUAUAACGAAGACGACUUAUUAUUAUACGGAGUCUUUGUUUAUAUGGAGAAAAUUCUGUGAACUGGGGCAGAAGAACCUUACAUGAGGAAAAGCUAUAACCAAUCGCAAAGGAUCAGAACAUAAAAGAACCUGCUGUGAGGAAGGAAGCAUGGAUUCUUCAUCAGCCUUAGAGAAAUAUGGGAAAGAUUUAACAAAGUUGGCCAAAGAUAAAAAACUUGAUCCAGUCGUAGGAAGAGAAAAUGAAAUUCAGAGUUGCAUACAGAUCCUCUCGAGGAGAACUAAGAACAAUCCUGUGCUUAUUGGUGAGCAUGGUGUUGGAAAAACUGCAAUUGCUGCAGGAAUUGCUUGGAGAAUUGCUGAGGGAGAUGAUAUUUUCUUUGAUAAACGGCUUAUAUCCCUAGAUGUGGGUGCACUUGACGCUGAACCAAAAAAGUUUGAGCAAGGGAUGAAUGCAAUUAUCGACGAAGUAACUAAAUCUAAUGGCGAGAUUAUGCUUUUCGUUGAUGACAUCCACAAGAUUGUUACGGAAGAUCUGUUAAGGAGAAGUAUUUCUCGGGGAGAGCUGCGGUGUAUAGGGGCGACAACAAUGGACGAGUAUCAUAAGCACAUUGAGAAAGAUCCCACAUUAGCCCGUUCAUUUACUCCGGUUUAUGUUGACGAACCCUCUAUUGAAGAAACCAUUUCGAUAUUAGAGGGAUUGCGACCAAAAUAUGAGCAGCAUCACCGAGUCCGCAUUUCUAAACGUGCACUUAAGAAAGCUGCACUGCUAUCAGAUCAACACAUAAUUGGAAAAUUUUUACCUGCCAAAGCUAUUGAACUGAUUGAUGAUACAGCUUCUGCGAAAGUAGUGAAUAUGCAAGCGGUUUCUAAACAUGUUGGGAGUGAUAAGAGCAAGUUGAUCCCGGAGUCAGAAACGGAGAGCAGCAGCGAUGAAGUAACAGACGACAAUAUUGUUGAAGUUGUCAGCAAAAAGACCAAAAUACCCGAGUGGAAGCUGAAACAGUCAGAGGAGGAGAAGCUGUUGCAUUUGGAGGAGGAGCUGCGUAAGCGAGUGGUAGGACAAGGACGUGCUGUGGAGGCAGUAGUUAAAGCUGUGCAACGCUCAAGAGUAGGUCUUGGAAACCAAAAGCGUCCCACAGCAAGCUUCUUGUUUAUGGGACCCAUGGGAGUUGGAAAGACCAAGCUAGCUAAGGCACUUGCUUAUUUGUUGUUCAACACAGAGGAAGCAUUGGUGCGCUUCGAUAUGAGUGCGUACAAGGAAAAGCAGGCAGUAUCACGCUUGAUAGGGUCUCCACCUGACGAAGGAGGGCUGCUCACUGAAGCCGUUCGAUGCAGACCGUAUUCAGUUAUUCUGUUUGAUGAGAUCGAGAAGGCACAUCCGGAGCUUCUAGACGAAGUCUUGCUUCCCAUAUUGGAUGAAGGUAAAAUAAAGGACGCAGCAGGUCGCUUGGUCAACUUCACCAAUACUGUCAUCAUUAUGACCUCAAAUGCUGGAUCAAAGCUCGUCCUCGAAGACGCCGAUAAUAUAACGAAUAAACUGCCAUACCAAGAGCUGAAAGAGAAAGUAAUAUCCGAGCUUCAACAACCUGAGCUCAUAAAUCGAGUUGAUGAAUCUGUUGUUUUCCAGCCUCUUGACACUGACCAAAUAAUUAGCAUAGUCAAGUUAAAGGUUAAUGAUCUCUCACGGAAGAUGGAACAAGAUAAAGGGAUGAAAAUCCAGGUGAUGGAAGAUGCUUUAAAACUUCUUGGUCGCUGGGGGCGUGACCUGAACUAUGGUGCAUGGCCGGUGAAGCGAGUAAUUCAGAAGAAAGUGGAGGAUGAACUUGCCAAGGGCAUUCUUGUAGAAAAAUUUAAGCAGGGAGACACAAUAGUAAUAGACGCAGUACCAUCCUCUUCCUCAACCUCUUCCCGAGAGCUUUCUUUUACCAAGCCUCAGAAAGAUAAAUCAUCUACGAGUAAUGUUUUUCCGUUCACAUUAGUAGCGUAGUCUGCCAAAGGUUCAGAAGUUUUAUAUCUUUGAGGAUAACAAAAAGCUGUCACGUAUUAUUGCUUUUGAAAAAUGUUAUUUGUUUAUU